CGACGACGUUUUUGAAUCGCCAUUUUAGAAAAGAAGGAGAGCUGUUCGGAACAAAAGCAGUUAGUUAGCUACAUACUUCAACGCUUUGUUUACGCUUAACGAUAUAUUACAUAUUUUAUCCAGUGAUCUAACAACGUUGAAAUGUCUCGGGACAGAUUUAACAUUAACGUUAGAGGAAAUAACCGUGGAGCUGGAUUUCAACGCCGGGGAGCUGGGCCUGGUGGUCCGAUGCGAGGUGGAAUGGGUAACCUGAAUAAUUUCAGACAAAACCAACACCCCUUUCAAAGAGGGCCUCAUCCCGGUAACUUUGGAAAACCACCUAACCAGAUACGUCAGAUGACCCCUCAGAAGCCUCUGCCACCUACUAUUUCCCAGCCCGGCGCUCAACCGAUUCGGCCACCACCUACUCCUGGCCCUGCGCUAACCAUGAAGGGCCCCGUACAGCAACAGCAGGCCGCGGCCGCAGCAGCACCUCCGGCGACCGUAGCAGCACCUCCGGCGCCCACAGCAACAACUCCAGCGGCUGCAGCACCGGCGGCCGCACCUCCGGCUGUUGCAACAGCACCCCCGAAAGCCGCAACAGCACCUCCGAAAGCCGCAACAGCACCUCCAAAAGCCGCAGCAGCACCCCCGAAAGUCGCAGCUACACCAGCACCAGCCGCAGCAGCAGCAGCAGCGCCGGCAGGUCAACCAAAAAUGCUGUCCCCACCUCCGAAGCCUGUUCCUCCGAAGCCUGUCCCCACAAUCGCAUCUCCCCCACCAAACCAAAUGAAGAAACCAGCACUUUCAUCUCCCCCACCAAACCAAAUGAAUAGGAACCAGCAAAGGGUAGGACCAGGCAACGCCAAUGGAAAUGGGCAUAAAUCUGCACCCUUGAACAAAAAACCUGAACCUCAAACUCAGAAUACUCAAAUGGAGGCCGAGGAAGCCCAGCACCCCAAGGAGUUGAGAGCGACGUUGUCAUCGCUGCGCAGACCUGGCGAGAAGACAUACACCCAGCGAUGCCGCCUUUUCAUUGGCAACCUUCCCAAUGAUAUCUCAGAUGACACAUUCAAGAAGCUGUUUGCGAAGUAUGGCGAGCCCAGUGAGAUUUUCAUCAACAAAAACAAAGGCUUUGGCUUCAUACGCCUGGAAUCCCGUGCAUUGGCUGAGAUAGCUAAAGCUGAACUGGAUGAUGUGCCCAUGAAAGGCAGACCUCUUCGGGUGCGCUUCGCCACUCACUCUGCUGCACUGUCUGUGAAGAACUUGUCACCUUUUGUUUCCAAUGAGCUACUGGAGGAGGCCUUCUCCCAGUUUGGAGUGGUAGAGAGAGCUGUGGUAAUUGUAGAUGAUCGCGGGCGCUCCACUGGCAAGGGCAUUGUUGAAUUUGCCUCUAAGCCUGCUGCACGAAAGGCCCUGGAUCGUUGCAACGAUGGCGUCUUCUUGCUCACCACGUCACCUCGCCCAAUUGUCGUUGAGCCUCUUGAACAAUAUGAUGAUGAGGAUGGUCUACCAGAGAAACUGGCACAGAAGAACCACAACUAUCAUAAGGAGCGGGAGGAACCGCCCAGGUUUGCCCGUCCUGGCACAUUUGAGUUUGAAUACUCUAAGCGCUGGAAGUCUCUGGAUGACAUGGAGAAGCAGCAGCGUCAGCAGGUGGAGAAGAACAUUCGCGAAGCCCGCGAGAAACUGGAGGGAGAGAUGGACGAUGCGUUCCAUGUGCACCAGGCCAACAUGAUCCGCCAAGAUCUGCUGAGGCGGGAGGAGGAACUACGGCGCAUGGAAGAGAUGCACAGUGCAGAGAUGCAGAAGAGAAAAGAGAUGCAGCUCAGUGUGCAUAACAGACAGGAGGAGGAGCGUCGCAUACGCGAGGAAGAGAUGCUUCGCCAGAGGGAGAUUGAGGAGCAAAUGCGCCGCAAGCGUGAGGAGGCCUACAGGAGUGGCAACUUCAUGGACAAUAGGGAUAUGAGAAUGACUCAGGGUGGCGCCAUGGGCAUGGCUGACAAUCAAUUUGGCUCACCCAACCAGAAGUUCCCCAUGGGACACCAAGGCAUGGGGGGACCCAGCACUGGGGGAGCCAUGAUGCCCAACGAAAUGCGAAAUGAGCGAAACUUCCCUCAGGGAGGCCGGGGGGGACUGGGUCCUAACAACCAAGGGUUUGGCAGGGUCCGUGAGGAGUUUGAUGGGCCUGCCAAGAAGCCCCGCUUUUAAAUCUGUUCAGUGUCAUUCAUAGCAGCGUUUUUGUGUAGAUUCUCUGAACAUCUUCACAUUGAGUCAUAAUUGUUGUAUUUAAGUUGAAAGUGUUCUUGCAUUUUAGCCUGAAGACUCAUUCAUUUUUAUGGCAAGUUAGGUUUUUUCUUUUUUUUGAUUUUGUAUUUGGAGUAGUGUGAAAUUAAUACAUUGGUCACCCUCAGUGAUCAUAGCGCUAUCUCACCUAUGUAUAACUUUCUUUCCAGUUGUAUCAUGCUCUGUGACUCGUGUCGUAAAUGGUGAUAAAUGUCAACUUUUCUCACCUUUCAAUGGCUGUGUUUUGUGCCAUUUAAGAUUUGAAGUAAACACAUGUAACUUUACAAUAAAGACUUCAGUUGGUUCUCUCCAAACCCUCUUAAAGUUUAUUUUAGCCCAAUUUCGAGUUACCCUAAAUAAGCCCGACAGGCGUUUUCAAGCCUUUUGCUCUAGCCGCCAUCUUUUAAGUGGGUCAAUUAUUGACCAAUAUAUUGCCUAGCUUAUCCUGGAUUUAGUAUUUUGGAAUGCCCGAGGGUGACUUUUUAAUGUUAUUCAUCACCAUGUUCCCAUGUGAAUGAAAUUGAACAAAUAUGCAUACUGAGAAAGUAUUGCUAAAGCCAGAAAGUUGACAUUUUAGAGCACAGUUGGGCCAAGUAGAAAUUGUACUUGUGGGGCCCAAUGUUGACAACCGAAAUAAGCAGUCCUGGUGUCAAACGCGAUUAAUGCUUCUAGUAGUGUUUUGUUUAUAAUAAAACAAUAUAUUUUUUAAAAAUCUGGAUUUAGUAAUGCCCAUGGAAAGUCUGCUAAAAUGACAGUUUCGGUUCAGUUUUUCAACCUUCAUUAACAAUUGUUUUAAACUUAUGACUUUGUCUAGCCCUAAUUGAAGUGAUAUGGUCUUUGACAACUGCUGUUUCUUUGGCGUUGAUAAAGGAGUUAUGUUGGACUUCCGAAGUUGGCUACAUAUUGAACCAAGGUCGAAGGUCCACCUUGACCAUCGCUAAUCUUUUUAAAAGCAGCACCUCAUUCAUAAGUCUCUUGACAUUGCAUUAUGUAAUCUGUUACAUUCCAAUGAAUGUAUCAUACAAGAGAAUGUAUGAAAAGGAUCUACAAAUCUUAACCUAAAUUCUAGUUCCAGCCACUGUCUAACAUGUGCAAGUCAUUAGUCAAAUGGUCAUGUUAUUACGGGAAACUGAGAGGGACCGGUAGCGUGUGGUUUUGCCCUCAAUGCUAACGUAAAACUUUUCAGCCUCCUUUUUAUUUAUGGCUCUUUCCCUGGAUUUCUUUAGUAGCUCUCCUAGCCUAAGCGCUGUUGAUAAACCAAGAGUGGUGUGAACUGAUUAAUUCCAGCGAGUACCACUGUCACUUUGAAUUUUCACAUGCAGAUUAGACAACUAAGUCUGAAACCAUCAUGGAAGAGUUAAUGGGGUAGUUUUGCGAGCCAAUGCUAGCGUUUGUGCUAGCUUAGCGCAAAGACCAGGCGUCUUGGGUGUUACCUGAACUUCCCAUCUUUGUGCUAAGCUAUUUAGCAUAGUCUUGCUAAACUACCUCUUUCUUCAAUCUGGAUGCAUAGACCAAUGGUAGCCAGAAGUUCACCUGACUCUGGGGAAUUCAAUAAUGGGCUCAAACUUCCCCUAGUAUUAGGGCAGAUAUCUUUCACGCAUUUAUGAAGAUGCGUUAUGAAAGUGCCAGCCCUUUGCAACUAAUUUUCUUCUUUUUUAAAAAAAGUAUUUGAUUACACCUCUAAAUCUAUUUUCCAACUGAGACUAAAGGUGACACACCAAAGGGUAGAUAUCUCAGCAAUUAAAAUAAAAUAUUUUUUUACCAAAAAGAUGAAUGUAACAUUUUCUGUGUAGGAUCAUUUCUUUACUGAAAAGAAAUUCUCACCCUUUUUAAAAAAAAUUUAAUUUCUUUUUUUUUUACAUCGGUAUGGAAGUAGCACCAUUCACUAUGUAGUUGAACUCAAUAGGCUCUUACAAUUUCGGCAAAAUUUUGAACUCAAGAAUUACAGCAAAAAGAUUGAUCAUGGUUGUGGAGCAUGUUAAUCAAAUGACUAAACAUUCAGUUUAUCUAACCCGUUGUCUACUCAAAUAUCUGAGUACCUUGACAAAAGUAAUGUAAACCAUUAAAUGUUUCUGUUUUCUGUACAUUUCUUCUUUGACAGGUUUGGCCACCUUAUUAAAGGUUGCCGUGUGUAAGGAGACCUUUCUAAACCAAGAAAUCAUAGGCCUAACUGAGUAGCACUUAAUACAGUUUAUUCCUAUGACUUGUCUUAAACAGACCAACCUGAUGAAGACAGUCUUGCCUUAGUGAAGAGUUGGCAGUUAAGGUUCAAGUCGGUAUUCAGUAUUGUAACAGGGUACCAGUCGGUGAAAUAGUUUUGAUUUUAACAACUGAUUGGAACAGACACCCCAUCUAAUAUUCUUACUGGGUGUUAUUGCCAAUGAAUCUAGGUGAUUUGGGAAAUAAUGGGAUCCAGUUUGCCUGAAUGGCUGAAUAACAAGACCAAUGGUUGGAUCUGGCACUGCUUGUUAGGGUGUAUGUUUCUAGGUGUACUCGGUCAGCUCUUGCUGGACUACUCACCAAGUUGGUCAACUUGCAUACUAAUGUAGGCCUACAAGCAACUCAGUUGGAUAUAGGCCCAGUAGUAGAAAUAUACUGAGAAUGAUCUGACUUCAUUUUAAAUGGAUUUUAGACUUGAUCUGUGGAGAUCUGAUGUUAACAAAGAAUUACCAGGGGUUGCUUUAUUUUAGCUUCUUGGGCUGUGUUUACAGGCAGGCCAAUUCUGUUAUUUGUCCCACUAAAUGGUAUUUUAACAUCAGAUCUUUUCAGAGCUGGUCUGAUUUGUCCAAAGAACAAAUAGUGAGAAAAUAAUCAGAAUUUAGCUGCCUGCCUAAACACAGCCAUAGUAUCAUACUCUUACAUUUGCAGAUGGAAUCACAGAUCAGGGGACAAACUAAUGAUUAAAAUGUUGCUAGCUUUGUUUAUAUGCACCUGUAGUGGGGAUGUAGACCACCCCUUAGUUUUUUAUAUAUAUGCUGAACAAAAAUAUAAACUCAACAUGCAACAAUUUCAAAGAUUUUACUGAAUUGCAGUUCACAUAAGAAAUUUGGACAACAGAAAUAAAUCCAUUAGGCCCUAAUCUAUGGAUUUCACAUGAUUGGGCAGGGGCAAAGCCAUGGGAGGGCAUAGGCCAACCCAUUUGGGAGCCAGGCCAAGCAUAGUUAGUUUUUCCCUGCAAAGGGGCUUUAUUAGACAUACCCGUCAGUUUCAUGAGCUGUCCAGGUGGCUGGUCUCUGAUCCCGCAGGUGAAGAAGCUGGAUGUGGAGGUCCUGGGCUGGCGUGACAACCGCGUAUUUUAUUGGCCCUUUAUCGUCCCCAGUACAAGAUGCACCUGUGGAAUGAUCAUGCUGUUUAAUCAGCUACUUGAUAUGGUAUACCUUGUGGAUGGAUUUUUUGGCAAUGGAGGAAUGCUCAUUAACAGGGAUGUAACCAAAUUGGUGCACAAAAUUUGAUGUGCCUUUUGUGCGUGUGGAUUUUUUAUUUUAGCUCAUGGGACCAACACUUUACAUGUUGCGUUUUUAUAUUUUUGUUCAGUGUAUAUAUAUUUUUAGAAUAGUGUUGUCCUGGCUUUGUAUGGAUUAUAGAAGUACUCCACUCUGAUAGUUUUGUAUCAAAGACCUUGUAUAACCGAUGGAAGUCUUUGGUAGAACUUCCCCUUAUUCCCCGUCACCCUUCAGCAGACUCAGGAGACCUGCGUACCUAUAAGGAGCGAGAGGCUUGUCUUUUUCAAGUGUCUUGAGUGCAUGGGGGUGCAGUAGCUGUGCAAUAAAGUCCAACAGCCAGCCUGCCCCAUUCCACAGUAGAGGCUCCGGCAGUUGGUUACGUUGAGGAUCAGUAGUUCUGCAGAAGUCAGUGGACAGUAGAGCCUGGACUUGUGUGCAGCGAGAGGUAUGCUUACAGAGCCACUGAGAAGGUAAGUGUUCCUGUUUUAUGAUUUGUUUAAAUGCCAAACUUAACUGAUCUACCUUCCUCUCACGUAAUGUGACGAUACAGGGGUUCUGGCAUCACACUUCUGAAAAAUGGAAUCACAGUGCAGUACUUGUUCCUCCCUCCUGUAUGUGAACUUGUGGCAAUGUUGUUUUUUUUUAGCCUGUGCAGUAUCUGAUAUUUUCCCUUUCAUUUUUGACCAAAGUUGGUCUCUAUGAAACGAGCUGUAUAUGGAUGGCUGUGUCACUGGCUCAACAAUGAAUAGUGUAUGAUUGUGUAUACCCGCAACUACUGUAGGCCAGUGUAGUCAACACAACUCUUUUUGCAGAUCCUUCUCUUUCAAGCUGUAAUGACCUUUUGAAACCAAGUGCAAAGUUCUCACAAACGUAUUGGGGGGGUGGUGUUGGAUUUAGCUGGCAUUAGGAUUUUGACAUUGAGUUCAUGGCUUCCUUGGCACUAUAGAAGGGACUCGUAACCGAUUGGUAGUCACAAGAAAUCGUUGGUGGGCGGCGCUUUGUUAUCCUAUUUAUGACAUCCUAUUUCAUUAAGUAAUAGGAGUGAUUUGUGAAGCUUGUCUUUUGUCCAGUGUCUCCCUAGUAUUACAACAGCAUUUACUUUGCCUAUAUUGCAAACCUUGGUACAGUAGCCUGCAUUUUAGAUCGAGGCCAAAAUGUUGCAAGUAAGGUGUAUCGUAGUACUUGAGCACAGGACUCUGACUCAAGUCGAACUAGUUAUUUGCAAUAGAGAUAGUGUUGAUGUAAACAAACAAUAUUCAGAGCUUGACAUUUGUUCUGGGGGGUUGGGGUUUGUCUGGGGAAAUGAGAAUCAUCCUGUUGACUUUUUUUUAUUUUUUUACUUGACGCAUGCUCUACAUGGACUGGCUUGUUUUAGGAGUCUGCAAUGCAACACUGGCUAGUGAUAUUUUCCCUGUCCAUUUCAAUAUUAAGGCAAAACUCAGAAGAACUUCUAACAAGUCAGUAUUAUCAGAUUUUAGACUGUCUGAAUACCCAUAUUAGCGUACUACAUACUUUACUCAUAGUCACAUACCGUGAUGCAUGCGGCUCCUGAGUAGGUGGGGCGGGGCCAAGUGUGGGUGAUUGUUUUUCCUAAUUCAACAGACAGGCAUUGAAUUAACCAGCCUGAUAAUGGAUAGUUUCCAAUUCAAUAUAUUUCUCUUAAUUAGGGCUGUCCCCUACUUAAAAAAAAUAAUUAUUGGUUGACUGAGUCGUCUUCUUUUGACCUUUUAAUAAAAUACAUGUUUUUACGUUCUUCCGUAUAUAGACAACCAGAAGAAAAAGACCGUAACAAUUCUCCUGCUGGCUUUUGCAGAUUCUGCCCUUACUCUCCUGAAGUUGCUAGUGAUGGGCUACGCUGAGUUAGCCACCUUUUUUUUUCUUAUGUGGAAUGCCUAUAUAUUUCUACCGAUCUGUGUGCCAGUUAUGGUUUUCAUGUGCAUAUUUUCCUGUAACAGUUUCAUUAAUAAUAAUCUCUUCAUAUUUCCAAAUCAUUGUCAUGGUCUACUCAACAUUCUAUGUAAAUGAGACAAACUGAAAAGGAACUUCCAUUGCCAACUAUGUGAAACUAGUCUACGUAAAGCCAACAAAAACAUUGCAACUUGCAGGUGGAGUAUAUAUUUUAAAUCCUAUAAAGCACAUUGGCUAUGCAUGGGCCUGUCUGCAAUGAACUUGAAACAUUGUAUCAACUUAACUUGGGUCAGGCCCAGAGACUUGCACUAGUGAAUGUUGCAACAUUGUGCCAAAUAAUCUGGGCCCUCAGUUUCCUGUGCCAGUGAGCUCGGGACAGACACGGCUGAAGGCUAUUUGCGCAAGAGAUAAGAAGCCGUGCUUGACUUGGGCAGGAGCUCACUGGAGCCGAGUACCGGCACCUCAAAUGUUCUACUGCUUAAGUUCCUGUUCCUCUUUUAUAGAAUAAUAGCUCAGAGGGUAUUGUAGAGUUCCUGCACCUAAAAAUAAACUGCCGGAACCUAUUUCAGUCCAAGUCGAGCACUGAUAGAAUAUGCUUAUCUGAUUUUAAUUGUUUCCACUAGAUCAGAGCAUGCUAUUUUCUGAGGCUGGUAACUCUAAUGAACAUAUCCUCUGCAGCAGAGGUAACUCUGGGUCUUUCCUGUGGCUGUCCUCAUGAGAGCCAGUUUUAUUAUAGAGCUUGAUGGUUUUUGCAACUGCACUUAAACUUUCAAAGUUUUUAAUUUUCCGUACUGACUGACCUUGUCUUAAUCUUGGAACUACCCAUCCCAGAUCUGGGAGAAUUGUCAUCAACUACACUAAUUAGCAUAGCGCAACUGUCCAAAAAUAUUACUAGAAAAUAUUCAUAUUCAUGACAAGAUAUCUAGAAACAAUUUAGCCUUUUGUUAAUCACCCUGUCAUCUCAGAUUUUUAAAUUAUGCUUUACAGCCAAAGCAAGAGAAGCGUAAGUUUAUCGAUACAUAGCAUUAUGUCCAGCUAGCUGCAGGAAGCUUGGUCACAAAUCAGAAAAGCAAUCAAAUUUACCUUUUACCUUUGAUCUUCGGAUGUUUUCACUGACGAGACUCCCGGUUAGACAGCAAAUGUUCCUUUUGUUCCAUAAAGAUUAUUUUUAUACCCAAAAUGCCUCCGUUUGUUGGUUACGUUAUGUUGAGAAAUCCACCGGAAAUAGCGGUCACGACAACGCUGAAAAAUUCCAAAUUAUAUCCAUAAUAUCGACAAACAUGGCAAAUGUUUGUUUAUAUAAUCAAUCCUCAAGGUGUUUUUCAACUAUCUAUUCGAUAAUAUAUCAACCCGGGACAAUUGGCUUUACAGUAGAAUCACUCAGCCAUCAGCUGACCACUUACGCAAUGUAGUCAUUUGCGCUCAUUCUUCAACAAAGGCGUGAAACUACGUCUAAAGGCUGUAGAUACCUUAGGGAAUGCGUAGAAAAAAGGAAUCUGGUUGAUAUCCCUUUCAAUGGCCAAAAGGGAUGCAUAGGAACAUAACGGUUUCAAAAUAAGAGGCACUUCCUGAUUUGGAUUUUCCUCAGGGUUUCGCCUGCAAUAUCAGUUCUGUUAUACUCACAGACAAUAUUUUGACCGUUUUGUAAACUUUAGAGGGUUUUCUAUUCCAAUCUGACAAAAUAAUAAAAAUAAUAAUAAGUGCCCCCUAGUUUCAAGAGGUUAAGGUAAUGAUGGACUGUCGUUUCUCUGUGCUUAUUUGAGCUGUUGCCAUAAUAUGGAUUUGGUCUUUUACCAAAUAGGGAUAUCUUCUGUAGACCACCCCUGCCUUGUCACAACACAAGAUUUGCUCAAACACAUUAAGAAUUUAAAGAAAUUCAAGGCACACCUGUGAACUGGUUGAGAGAAUGCCUUGACAGCUUUGCACAUUUGGCAAAGGGUGGAUACUUUGAGGAAUCUUAUUUUGAUUUAACACUGGUUACUAAAUGAUUCCAUAUGUUUAAUAGUUUUGAGGUCUUCACUAUUCUACAAUGUAGACAAUAGUCAAAGGAAACCCCCUGGAAUGAGUAGGCGUUAACUUUUUGCUACUGGGCGACUAAAUAAAAUAAUCUUGGUGUUUCCACAACUCUGUCCUUAAGACCCCAAGGGGGGAGAAAAAACAAACAAACGUGCCCCAACACUACACAGCUGAAUUUAAUUUUUAUUUUAUUUAUUAAAUUAUCAAAGCUUGAGGAUUAGUUGACUAUUUCAAUCAGCUGUGUAAUGCUAGGGCAAAAACCAAACUGUGCACCCCUUGGUGUUUGGGAAACUCGGGUGUAUGUGUCUAGUGACUGUAGGGUCAGUGCAGAUAGUUUGGGUACCAUUGACUAUUUAGGGGUCUUAUGAAGCUGUCUGAGCCUGUUGGUCUGAGAGCCGAUGCUUUGGUACCGUUUGCCGGACAGUUUCAGUGAGGUCGGUCUUGGGUGGCAGCAGUCUUUGGCAAUUUUUGGGCCACCUUCUGACACCGCUGGUCAGCAACAAAAUACACUAAAGCACUUCAUUGGGAACGAGGACUGCAACAGCUUGAUCAUAAAUGUUUAAAUAUUAUGUUAAAAACAGGACUGAAUUAAAAAAUAUAUAUAAUAAUUAUACAUGACAUCGACACAUCCCGAGUCCCUGGUGCCGACACAUUCAAUAAUCAAAAGAUGGUUUAGUAUUUAGUAAGAACACAACACACUUUCAUGAGAACAUACCAACUUUAGGUUUCAAAGAUUUAUCCUACGGUGCAACACUAUCAUUUUAAGGUGAACAAACUACUUAGCCUACAUUUGAACACCGCCACAGAAGAUUCGCUAUUCGACGUCGUCCGAAUGAAGUGGGUUAGUUUUGUUUGACUACUUGAAGAGAGCCUAUAUCUAUCGCAGUCCACCUGUUCCAUUGAAGUGUGGGAAAGUGCAUCGAAUUCUACUAAAUGAAGAGUCAAAAUUAGUUUAACAUUCUGGCAUAUAAACCAUACUAUUUACAAAAAAAUUACAUGUUAUAACGUUCUUUUUUCUCACACUGAGAAUGAGUCAUGCGAGAUUGUUUUCUUUCCCACUAUUUUUUAUUUUUUUUUGCAUACUCAGCCUAUUUAGAACGCAAGUAUGGGUAUUCGGACAUGUCCACAGCAUUCUCAAUGUAGAAAUACUAGAGCAGUGAAUUGUACUAAUAUUUGAGGUUUUUGUCAUAGGCAUAAAUGCUGUUUUGUCACAUACCAGUAGCCCGUUUUUGUUUUGGACAUGCUUGACCGGCAGUCUCCAAUUUUCAUGGUUUUACGGCUCAUUACUCGUGGGAUCUUACUUUCAUUUGUUCCCCUAGGUAAAUUAGGAAGGUUUUAGUUUAAUGUGACUUUUGUUAGACCCAGCUUUAAUUUAUUUACUGUGAGGUAGUAAUGGCAAUAAUAAUCACCUUGCUGAUUUAGGGAACAACCUAACUUAUGCAGAAUGUAACUUUGGAGUAUUGCUAAGCUCAACUAGAAUGUGUUGAUCCACUGGUCUGUUCUUGGGCGGGGUGGACAGUCAAGAUACUGGGUUUGGGUCUAUCUGCGUCAUUCACAACCUAGAUAAGCAUAAAGAGCACUUCACUUUAGUGUGGCAGCUGCCAUAAAGGCACGUUCUCUUUCUCUCUCCUGUGUUUUGAAAUGAUCUGUGGUACUGUCGAAAUGGCAGCCUGUUUCCCCCCCUUGUGCAUUUCAUGCAUUAAAGUAUCAUUAAUUGUCCUUAUUAUAGUGACAUUCUCAAGCCAGUGGCCAGCCAGCCAAUCAAUUGUAAAGGGUUCUUCUGUACAGUUCACAAGGACUGUGCCAACCUUGAUGUAGCAGCUUGUAUGUAAACGGUGUCUCAUGCAGCAAACUUAGUGUUGGUAAUCUUGGACUAAGCGUCUUGUGUAGAGAACUACCAUGAGCAGUGAAAUCAGCCCCAGGGCUGUCGUGUGUCUGUCUGCACUGUGAUCCAUUUACCCUCGGAGGUCUCCUCUUUGAGUGGUCAGUCUGCUUCUCCGUAUCCCCUUCAGAGUGUGAUGCCAGAACUACCCUCCAGGGCCUUAGGGCUGCUACUGGAAGGGCUAUGCCCUUUCCAAACUCACUCUGCAAGACCGACGUCGCAAAUACCCAUCAUGAGGUAUAAGGUGAAAGCGUCUUCGUAGGUCCUGACGUUUUGGGGAUUUGCUAUAACAAUACUUUUCCAGUGUCAACCAAGUCAAGCUUACCUUGCUUUGUAACCGUUUCCAGUUCUCACGUAUUUGCAUGAUUUGGUGUUAUGGCUCUUACGCAUUUGCCUGUUACCACAGAAGUUACAAAAAACAUUAGCUAUAAAGUGACCUAGGAGAUAUAUAUAUUACUUAGUACUUAGUACUUGUUGAAAUGCACCCGUAUUAUUAUUGGGUUUGUUCUAUUUUUUUUAUGUAUGUCUUUUUGGCACAAGUUCUUUACUUUCACAUUUUACUGUAUGUCAGUCAAUUAAAUCUAGUGCAUGCCUGUACUAUAGUUUUUGUAAUUUUAAAAUUCCCAUAAACAUCCUCUACAUCCAUGUAGUUUAGCACUCAAUUCCACAGCUAUUUGUAUAAGAAUGUCUUUCCCAAGUUCCUAGCUUCGAACUCAUUGUUUCUCUCUCACUGCAGGGGCCUCGUGUGAUUGUAGGAGGCUGAUGAGCUGCUCCUGGUCUAACAUAUGGUUAACUGAAGAGACUGUCUGUACAAACUGGAGCAGGGGCCUUUCUGGUCUCUCCUAAAGCACGGAAAUGGUUCUGCGGGUUGGUUGAACUGUUCUUCAACAUGUUAGUCUAAAUGGGAAGAGUUCUGAUGCCGCACCAGGCUCCAACCAGCAGAGAAGCUAGAAGUUCAACGGGAGAUUAUUUUGUUUUUUCUACAAGCUAUUGUAAUAAAAGGUUCAACUUUGA